AUGGUUGCUGCUGAUGACGUGGAGCUCCCCGUCAAUGAGGUGGGCCCCGUGCUGCCGUUGGAGGUGGUGAAUUUGCCUCUGAAGAAGAGGGUUCUGGCCGCCGCCGCCACCGCUGCCGCUGCCGAAAACGAAAACGAAAACCAGUUUGCUUGCAUUCUUUGCGGCCGGGCGUUUAAGAGUUACUGGGCCAUGUGCGGGCACAAGGCACACCACACGUUGACCGAGAAGAAGAAGAAGAAGCGGCCGCGGGUGGAGGAGGAGGAGGAGGCGGCGGGGCCGGUGGUGGUGUACGAACCUCCGCCUCCGCCUCCGCCGCCUCAGAAACGGUGGAUUGACUGGGGUCCCCGCCGCCUGUGUGAUAGGUGUGGGAGGACUUUCGUCAAUGGGCAGGGUCUCGGCGGACACAAGCGGUACUGCGCAGUCCGCCCGCAGCCAGCUCCAGUGGAGAUCCGUGGCGGCAGCGGCGGCGGCAAAGUGAUUCACCAGUUCGAUCUGAACGAAUUACCUCCGCCUGAACCGGUGGAAGAAAGAAUGGCUCUGCCUUGGCAUGGAGAUUGA